AUGACUUCAGAAGACCAGGAAUUGCUGGCGCGCAUCAGCCAGUUGGCAGGCCACAUCAACCGCCACAAGAAUCAACAGGCCGGCAUCUCCUCGGUGCCCUCGUCUCCUUACAACAACUAUAGCACCCCGCCCUCGUCGUCGACGUACCACGCACCAUCGUACAGACGCCAACCAUAUGCCUUACGAGGACGCGGUAUCGGUGGCGGCGGCUACCGAGUCAAGAGGCCUGCACCGUUCCGAAAUCGAACCCUCGUCCUGAACAGCGCCGGUGCCCCGAGCAGGUCCGACGGUGCCGAGAACGGCGACUCGACGACCGUUUCGGACAGUGGCAGCGGCAGCGGCAGCGGCAGCGGCGGCCCAUCCGCGACGUGGGUUGCCCGGAACGACCGCCAUAUGCAGCUCAUCAACGCGGAUGUAUACGAGAAGGAUGCCCAGUCACGGGCCCGUGCCAUUGAGAAGACACGACUCCAGGGCCAAAAGAUGCGCGACGCCCGCGAACGGGCCAAGCUACAAAGGCAUUUUUCGCAUCUCGCCCACGGACGGCCGACGGCCAGCAACGGCAACGGCAACGGCAACGGCAACGGCAGCGGAAGCACUACACCACAGUCCUACCAGGUUGUGAUUGAAGGCAUCCCGUUUGCCGUGGCCAAGAACGGCAGCAAGCUCAUGAAACUACCCAGUGCGUCGGCCUUGCUCCCGCUGUCCCCGCCUCGCUCUCCCGGCUGUGACUUUUAUGAAGACUCUGCUCACCCGUCGUUAGCCGACCCGCACCCGGCGUCCAGCACGCCCAAGACGGCCGUUGUUGGCGGUGUCAAGUUCUACCGCAGCAAAAACGGCAACCUCUACCGCCACGGCGUGGUCAAGGCCCAGCAACGCUGCCGGUUCCUGCACAACGCAGCCAAGGUGGCCGCGUGCAAGGAUUUCCUGCUCAAGGGCGACUGCGCCCGCGGCAGCGACUGCGACCUGUCGCACGAUCUGACCCCUGAGCGCACGCCGUUCUGCGUGCACUUUGCCAAAGGCAACUGCACAAACCCCCACUGCUCCUAUACUCACUCGCAGGUUUCGUCGGGCGCGCCCGUGUGCCGGCCCUUUGGUCUCUACGGCUACUGCGACCGCGGCGCCGACUGCACGGCGCGCCAUGUGUUUGAAUGCCCCGACUUUAGCAACACGGGCGUCUGCAAAAUCAAGGGCUGCAAGCUGCCGCACCGCGAGCGGGCCAGCUUUAUGCGGCGGACCGUCGAGACGGCCGACAAGUCGGAGACCACCGACAGCGACAGCGCGUACGUCGACGUGUCGAGCGACGACGAGUCGGUGAACAGCGACGAUGUCGACUCGGACGAGGUCGACGAGUUUGUCGGCGCCGACGGCGACGAGGCCGACCUCGACUUUGUGAACCAGAAAGACUACAUUGAGAUUUGA